UUGACAGGUGAGGAUAGACCAGGUUACUGUAGCAGUGAGAGUGCCCAGGUCUCCGGCGGUGGCGAAGUCGCACGGCUCGCUUACCGUAGAAGACUUUGAUGGUCGACAUGUUGGGCGCAUGAUCCCUUUCGAACAACUGUACCGGUGGCCUUCCUUGGUGGACUCCCACAGGCAGACUCCCUUGUCUUUGCACCCUGAGUCUUAGCACCAAGAGACUGCCGCUACGGAUGGCCAGCUGCUAUUUAAAUCGGGCUACUGCCAAUCAGUGGAGAUUCCUAAUCGAAACCGAAACUACUCCAACAAUGGCGACCAAAACAAACAACCAAACAGAGGCGAUUAAUUGAACUACCGAGUCACACCCACUACGGGCCACAGAAAUGAUUCGGAGAACGUUCGCUCAACUAACCACUAAACACUAAAUGAAGUAUAUUAACCUCUUCAAUACCCUGGAAAUGUUGAUUGCUAGCAUAAUUAAAACCUUAAUCUCACGAUCAACUGAAUAUCUUUUCACAUCACUACAAAGAGCAUUGUAGUGUUGGAAUAGCAUCCAUGUGGUUUACAAAGUGACUUGAGCAGUGAAAUUGUACACUUUAUAUUACAUCACAAACAUCCACCUGUUCACAGUGACCAUAAAGAAAAAUGCUAGGACCAUCAGUCUUGGAAUUUAUCAUAUACGUCCUGAAAUGCAUGUGGACAUAUCAUCCACAAUGUUACUUGGGGUGUUGGGAAUUUUUGGGUCUUUGUUCCAGGCGGCCCAACUGGAGUUGAUCAGAUCUCAGUCUACUUCCAAGUAGCGCUGCACUGACUCUACAGUUCAGCUGUACAGUUCUCAUCCACGUCAUUGAGAUGCAGAGAUUGCUGAUUGCAGUACACAAUGCUGACAAUGCUGCCAUAUUUACCUUGACAUGUUCUGCUUUCUGUCUCAGAAAUCUGGAGAGCAGAACUUUACUGAAAAGAACUUGAUCUUUAGUGUCAUGAACCUAUUUGGUGGUGGAACUGACACGACUGCCACCACACUUUGCUGGAGACUGUUGCUCAUGGCCAAAUACCCGCACAUAAAGGGUCGUGUUCGGGAGGAGCUGACUAGGGUAACUGGUAGUCGGCAGCCAAGGGUCGAGGACAGGAAGAACCUGCCGUACACAGAUGCUGUGAUCCAUGAAAUCCAGAGGAUGGCCAACAUUCUUCCAAUGAGUGUCCCCCACAUCACCUCUUGUGAUGUGAUGUUCCAGGGUUUUCAUAUCAAGAAGGGGACCACUGUGUAUCCACUGCUGAUGUCUGUACUGUAUGAUGAGAAUGAAUGGGAGACUCCCUACACAUUCAACCCUGGACACUUCCUGGACAAGCAGGGUCGGUUCAUAAAGAGGGGUGCUUUCUUGCCCUUCUCUGCAAGGCGACGGGUUUGUCUUGGUGAGAGCCUGGCCAGAAUGGAGCUCUUCCUCUUCUUCACCUCACUGCUACAGAAUUUCUACUUUACUCUUUCUUCCGGGGUGUCUGAGUUUGAGUUUGAUGUCAUUACAGCUAUUAGACUUGACUUCAGCCCACCCUUCCACAAACUGUGUGCUAUCAGUCGAGCCUGACAGUCCAGAACUUAAUGUUUGAACUGUGUUAGUUUAAUAUACUCCACCUUAAUUUGACAUUGAAGAGCUGAAAAAUUGUGUCACACCAAAAAUUGCAUUUGAUGCCUGAAUUUUCAUGUGCUUUUUGAGCAUACAAUUCAUAACUUCAAAAGCAGACACUAAUGGUAGCUGCAACAGUAACACCACAGAUUUGUUGUUGAAUUCAUUUAUACAUGGAAAAGAAUUUACAGUAAAGUCUUCAUUAUCCAACUUAUAUCAAACCAACAUUAAGACAUUUAACUGAAAAUGCUGGAUAACACGGAAAUUGUGUAUGCAAGUUAAAGGAAACAUUGAAGUCUGAAAACUUUUUACUCAUACAGUAAUAACUUACAUUUAUUAAUUUAGCUAACACUUUCCUCCAAAGCAACUUGUACUAUUAAGCUU